UGCUUUUAAAGCUGUUGUGUAAUGCUCAAAUUAUUGUUGCAGGCUAGAAGGGCAGCGAUAAGUUCUUUCCGGCUGGACUCUGCGUGCUUUGAUCUGAGGAUUCUAGAACGUUGCAAAGCCUGCAGAAGCCAUGGCUACCUUUCUCCUGGUGUUUGGGGUUUCAGUAGGUGCUUAUAUCCUCAUCUACUAUAACUUCAUCAGAGGGAAGCAAUGCAAGAGCAACGCCAGCCUCAAGGGGAAGACCGUCAUAGUGACAGGAGCAAAUAUAGGCAUUGGAAAAAUGACCGCUCUUGACAUGGCGAAGCGGGGAGCACGUGUCAUAAUGGCUUGCCGUGUUAAAGAAACCGCGGAGGCAGCUGCAUAUGAUAUACGAAGGUUAUCUGGGAACAAUGAAGUGAUCUUUAUGCAUCUUGAUCUGGCCAGUCUUGAUUCUGUCCGAGCAUUCUGCAAAAACUUUCUUAGUUCUGAGCCUCGAUUAGAUAUUCUUAUUAACAAUGCAGGUAUUGAAGCCAAGGGACAGACCAAAGAUGGGUUCAACUUGGUGUUUGGGGUCAAUCACUUGGGUCAUUUUCUCCUGACAAACCUGCUUCUGGACCGUUUAAUGCUCUGCACCCCAAGCCGCAUAGUAGUCUUGGCAUCUGAAGCAUAUAAACAUGGAAAGAUAGACUUCAAAAAUCUAAAUUCACCUGCAGAAAGCUGGAAGCAAAUAUUAACGUCCUACUGUGACAGCAAGCUGGCCAAUAUACUGUUUGCCCGACACCUGAGUUACAGAUUACAGGGUACUGGUGUUACAUGCUACUCUGUGCAUCCAGGUGUGGUGCUCACUAAUUUGGGGCGCAGUUUUCCAUAUUGGUUAAAGGUAGUGCUAUUUCCACUUGCCUGGCUCCUUCUUCGAACCACUACAGAUGGCGCCCAGACAUCCAUCUACUGUGCUGUACAAGAAGGAAUAGAAAAGUACAGUGGUGGCUACUUCAACAAUUGCACGUUUACUACAGUUAAACCUCAUGCCCGGGAUGAUGGUGUGGCCAAAAAGUUAUGGGAAGUUAGUGAAGAACUCACCGGAUUAGCAGCAGAAUAGCUCAUGAGUUCAACUGUGAUCACUGCAGGUUGACAGCAAGUCACAUCAUCCUUUUUUAGAAGUGUGAACUGUAGUCAGCAGUGACUGAGGAGUCACAGAUUGUUCUUGGCAA